AUGGUGCAUUCUACAUGGUCUUUGGCUGUAGGCAUCUUGUCCUUACAGAGCGUGUUGGGACAUACGCUAGUAAAGAGACAACAAUCAGAUGCUGUUGCUACUCCUGAUUUGCCUAAUUUGAGUCCUUUGGUUUGGGGUGAUGGUCAUGUAUUAGAAGGUUCCUAUAAUGGCGAUUUAGGCGAUUUGUAUUCCUUUACGUAUCGAAUGAAGCAAAAAGCUAAAAAGAUGAAAAAAGACAUUUUUGUUGUUGAUACUGGAGAUACACACGAUGGUAACGGUCUAAGUGAUGUAACGUCCCCUAAGGGUCUUGUAUCUCAGCCAUUAUUGACUAACAUUCCUUAUGAUCUAUUGACAAUUGGCAACCACGAGCUGUACGUCGAGAACAUCACUGCCGAUACCGUUAAAAACUUUAUCCCUUAUUGGAAAGAUCGUUAUGUUGCUUCAAAUGUUUAUUUCAAGGAUGUCCAUACCAACAAGACCACACCUAUUGGUGAGAAAUAUACUUAUUUUGAAGGCAAAUUUGGUACACGUGUAUUGGCCUAUGGUUUCCUUUACAACUUCAAAGGCAAUGGUGCUAAUUCUGUCGUACAAGACGUGGCAACUGAAAUCCAGCAAAGCUGGUUUGAUGAAUCUCUGCACCAACAUUCUCCCGAUAUUGUCGCUGUGAUCGGUCAUGUCGGUAUUCGCUUUACCGAGAUUUAUACAGUGAUCAAAGCUAUUCGAGCUCAGAUGCCUACCGUUCCUAUUGCUGUCUUGGGUGGUCACACACACAUUCGUGAUGCUGUCAAAUAUGAUGCUUAUGCUGCUGGUAUUGAAUCUGGUAGAUAUCUCGAGACAAUUGGUUUCUUUUCUGUGGAGGGAGUCUCCAAUAAGCACGUAAAGAAGAGUGGCAAUGUCACUUUCCAUAGACGCUACCUUGAUCAAAACAGACCUACUUUUAUCUAUCACUCUGUGGAUGGCAAGACCAAGAAAUUCGAUACAAGCAAAGGCAAAAAGAUGAGUAAGACCAUCAAACAACUCCGUGACCAAUACAAGCUGUCUACUACCUUGGGCUGUGCUUCUCAAGACUAUCUCAUGUACUCUGCUCCUCUGAACAGCAGCGCCAGUAUCUUUCGUUUAGCCACCAAAGAAGUGCUUCCCAAAGUAGUGCUCAACAAGGAAAGAACCAACCCUGCUUAUUACAUUAUCAACAGUGGUAGUAUUCGUUAUGAAAUCUACAAAGGUCCUUUUAGUCUGGACAACAUGUAUCAAAUAUCUCCUUUUGAAGACAAGUUCUAUGCUAUCCAUGAUGUCCCUCUUGAAGCUGCCAAGCAAGUCUUGGGUAAAUUAAAUGGUCAAAGCGAUGUAUUUAAAAAGCGCAGUCUUUAUUAUACCGAGAACCCAAUUACCUUGAAUGAACAGGCUUCCUUUGUUAAGCGAGCUCAAAAUCUAACCAAGGGAUAUGUUACCAAAGACGAUUUCGGAACAGACGGUGAUGAUACUCCUCAUGUCCCUUAUCCCUCUUAUAAUAUCCCUUAUUAUGUUGACUCUGAUUUACCCAGUGGUAAUGGCUCUACUUUAGUGGACAUUGUCUAUUUUGAUUUCUUUGAUUCUGUCUUGAGAAAGUCACUUGCGACCAUUACUGGUAAAGAAUGGACAGCUACCUUAACAUAUGGUGAUCCUAGCAUUACCAGCAGUACCAUUGUUUCUUUCUCUCUUUCACAUAUUAUAAACUUUAUGUCUGCAAAGCGAUCGAAUCCUUCACCUUAUCAGCAGUUUGGAGAAGCUGCUAAAGCACAUGCUAAAAACAGGCGAUCCAAAGAAGCUGUCCAAGUACGUCUGAGUAUGAUGGCACUUGGUAUUUUGGUUGCUAUCAUAGUCUAUUUCUUUCCUUCAUUAUCGAAUACCGACAAUGAAUGUUUACGCUAUGCACUUAUGGUCGAUGCCGGCUCCACAGGAUCCCGUAUUCACGUCUACCGAUUUCGCCAAUGCAGUCAUCAUGAGCCUGUCCAUCUAGAAGAAGAAGAACUGUUUGCACAAACCAUACCCGGCUUAUCCGCCUACCCAGACAAUCCUCAAGCAGCCGCCGAAUCCUUAGACGUUUUGUUAGACCGUGCUGUUGCUAUCGUACCCUCACAUUUACAGAAAAAGACACCUAUGGCUAUCAAGGCUACUGCAGGACUUCGUUUGUUGGGUCAAUUGAAAAGUGAUGCGAUCUUAAAAGCGGUGCGUCAACAUGUAGAGACCCAGUAUCCUUUCCUUAUCAUUGGGCAAGAUGGUGUGGCUAUCAUGGACGGUAGAGAUGAAGGUGUGUAUGCAUGGAUCACAGUUAAUUUCUUGUUGGGUAAUUUGGAUCCUCAGCCUACACGACCCCAUACAGCGGCUGUCUUGGAUCUUGGAGGUGGGUCCACUCAGAUCGUGUUUGAACCUGACCGGUUACCCGACAGUUCUUUACCCGAACUUCCCGACAAUGACUUCAAGUACUUGUUGAAGCAUGAUGGCCAAGACUAUCUUCUCUAUCAGCAUUCUUAUUUGGGUUAUGGCCUGAUGGAAGCCCGUAAACGUAUCCAUCAACACAUUUUGGAUCAACAACAUACGACGCAUGCCUGUCUUCCCAAAGGACUUACAUGGGAAUACAACAAACUCGACAUACCUGUUCAGUUCUUGGGUGCUGGCUCAUACGAUGACUGUUUAGGCGUGGCCGACUUGACGUUCAACAAACACAAGCCAUGCGAGGACGCACCUUGUUCAUUUGACGGUAUCUAUCAGCCCCCGAUUGCCGAUGCAUUUACCAAGGGACCUAUCUAUAUCUUUUCGUAUUUCCAUGACCGCACACAGCCUCUUGGCUUGCCUCCUUCGUUCCGUUUACCUCAAUUGGCGGAUCUCACUGAAGCUGUGUGCUCGGGCGCUUAUCUAGAGAACGUCACUGAUAUUUCACUUCGCGAUGAACUCUUGGAUCGUCCUGAAUGGUGCUUGGAUCUUUCGUUUAUUUACCGCUUGUUGUCUUUUGGUUAUGAAAUUCCUCAUGAUAGAGAACUCACGGUGGCCAAGAAGAUCAAUGGUGUAGAAACAGGAUGGUGUUUAGGUGCUGCUAUUGCCAUCUUGGGCGAUAAUUCCCUUAGAGAUAUUUAAAUAAAACUUUAUUAUUGAUUCAAG